UUUUACUUGUUUGAAUAAUUUAAAAGAACCAGAUAGUCAAUAAGCACUAUAAAAAAGUUCCUCCAAGUCUUUCCCAAACGCUUCGUCUUGGAUGAGUUCGGCUUAGUUUGCGGAAGAAUCUGACCUUUGUCGGGGAACUGCCGGCGAGUUUCACCACUUGUUCAUCUUUUCUGUGGUACAGAUUCAGAUCUGGUGUUUUGGAAAAGCUUCGGUAUCUAGGGGUUUCUAUGUAUGGCGUGAAGAUCAAUUCUCGAACUGGAUGAUUAGUGUAUUUGAAGCAACUGGAGUAAGCCCCAGACCUCAGCGCUUUCUCCGGGGCGAUUUCACGCUGAAUUCCUUAUGUACUGCUAAAAGGAGUAAUUUUGCUUUCGCUGCCGCACUUCUUCUUUGCUCAUUAGUUUCUUCUCGUAUUCCGAAUCUUUCUUAAUGUUACGGUAGGACUUUUGCUGGAUGGAGUCAAAGGCUGCUUAGUAUCUUGGAUUGAUAACGGUAUAUCUGGUCUAUCGACUAUUAGUUGGUCAGUAGAAGUAUGAGGAAGAAUGGUGGGUCUCAUUAUGCAAAACCAUUCAGUGAUAGAAGAUGGCUUCUUCCAUUCUUUGCAAGCUUGCUCGUCUCAUUAACUCUUUUCAUGGCAACGGUUCUUGGGUUGUUUUCCUCUCAGAAUUCUUGGGAGUCAUUGUCUUUGGACGUGAUCACUUUUACUAGUCAUGAUGAUUCAGAGGGAUACUCUAUAGGACUAGAUGGAAAAAUGGCAUUGGAUCAGCCAGUAACUCUAGAAGAACAAGAAGCUCCACGGCUGGCUUAUUUAAUAACUGGAACAAAAGGUGACAGUCAAAGAAUGAGGAGAACUUUGCAGGCAAUAUACCAUCCGCGAAAUCAGUAUAUUCUGCACUUGGACCUGGAGGCACCUCCACGGGAGAGGAUAGAUUUGACUACGUAUGUCAAGGGUGAUCCCUUGUUCAGUGAAGUUGAGAAUGUGCGUGUGAUUGCAAAAGCUAACUUGGUGACAUACAAGGGCCCAACCAUGAUUGCUUGCACCCUGCAUGCAAUUUCCAUUCUGUUGAAGGAGAAACUAACAUGGGACUGGUUUAUAAACCUGAGUGCCUCAGAUUAUCCUCUUAUGCCACAAGAUGAUAUACUUAAUGUUUUAUCUUCGCUGCCUAGAAAUCUCAAUUUUAUUGAGCACUCACCCAUUGCUGGUUGGAAACUGACACAGAGGGCAAGACCAAUAAUUGUUGAUCCAGGCCUUUAUUUGUCCAAAAAAUUUGACGUUUUCACUACCACUGAACAUCGGGAAUUGCCUACUACUUUAAAAUUGUACACUGGUUCGGCAUGGGUGAUGCUGACUAGAAGCUUCCUUGAGUACUGUAUAUGGGGGUGGGAAAACCUUCCUCGAACUGUUCUGAUGUACUACGUAAAUUUUAUCUCCUCGCCUGAAGGCUACUUCCACACAGUCAUCUGCAAUUCUGAUGAGUUCAAAAACACUUCCAUAAGCCAUGACCUACACUUUAUUAAUUGGGACAACCCUCCGAAGCAACACCCACUACUCCUUGCAUCCAAAGACUUCGACAGAAUGGUAAAAAGCGGUAUGCCCUUCGCUAGGAAAUUUGCAAAAGGGGACCCAGUUUUGGAUAAAAUUGACCGGGAACUAUUGGGGCGAUCAAACGGACAAGUCACUCCGGGUGGAUGGUGCAAUCAGAGAUCAGAUGGAGCAGAACAAUGCUCCUCAAGGUCUGAUGAUUCUAAAUUUCAGCCAGGACCAGGUGCUGAAAGGCUACAACAACUGAUGAAGAAGCUCAUGUCCGAAGCAUUCCGCAAUGGAAGCUGCUCCUCCUUGCAGUAUGAUCAGACUAAGAGAGAUUGGAUCACAUCUAGAAGAACAAAUUGACUGAGUGAGACCAGGAGUGUUGAUUCUUUGCUCUAUAUGCCAUAGCACAUACAAUACCCUUGAGAAGCAAAUGCCAUGUAUGAUGGUUGAUAUUUUUUGGGCCAACGACAGGAAGAAAUUAUCUAUAGAAGUCAAAAGAGAGAUUUUAUCCAACCAUUUGGAUCGACACAUCUUUGCCUAUCUAAUAAUAAUGGCUUCAAAGGACUGUUGAGCAUGCCACGGAGUGUCUGAAGGCUACUACUGGAGUCACCAAACUAUAGCAAAAGGAAAAAAAUAUAUGAUAGCACUCCCGUGGCGCAUCCUCAACAUAUUUGAGCGUUUGGGAAUUGGUCUUGAUUUGCUAAUUCAUAAGAGAGCUUAUAUCACAGUUGCUGUGAGCUCACGUGUUGGAUUAACUUGCCCAAACCAGAGAUUUUUUUUUUCAAGUAUGUUGUAUAUUAUUGUUGCCGUAGGCUUAAUUGCUGGAUUAACUUUGCCAAAACAAGUAAACAUUUUCUUCUAUCUUCGUCUA